AAACAAAAUGAGAAUCCUGCUAUACCCUAGACUCGAAAAUCCAUAUAUACACUCUGCUACCGGCAUUUGCAACUUCGCCGCCGUUUUAUCUUCAGAAUACGCAGUGGCAGCUACGUGAGUUGGUGCAAAGAUGAGUCGUGGGGCAGCAGCCGGACCCAAGGGGAAGAGGAAGGGAGCGACCUUCACCAUCGACUGUUCUAAGCCGGUUGAAGAUAAGAUCAUGGACAUUGCCUCACUCGAGAAGUUCCUCCAGGAUCGGAUCAAGGUCGGUGGCAAAGCCGGUGCACUCGGUGAUACCGUCACUAUCACCAGCGAAAAGACCAGAAUUGCCAUCGUGUCGGAUUCCAACUUUUCCAAGCGGUACCUCAAGUACUUGACUAAGAAGUAUUUGAAGAAGCACAAUGUUCGUGAUUGGCUUCGGGUGAUUGCCUCCAACAAGGAUCGUUCCGUUUAUGAACUCCGCUACUUCAAUAUUGCCGAGAACGAAGGGGAAGAGGAAGAAUGAAAAAAUCGAUCUAGUGUUUUCUCCAGCCACCUUAAUGUUUAUUAUUUUGCUUAGGGACCUCCUUUAUAUCUGUUUCAGGUGUCAUCUUGUUGUUCUUCAAACCUUACACAAUUUUCAAAGAAAUUUUGGUUGCCGAUAGCAAAACCAUGCAGUUUUCUUUAAUGAGUUAAUUAGUAAGCUCGUAAUUGAUCUUCAA